UCCGGAAGAUGUAGGUCUACUAGGAAGGAAAAUAUCUUCGUGUUGACUAGCUUGCUAGCUACCAAAUUUGCGCCGAUUAAAACAGAAACGAUUAUAACUUGUUUGGUCUAACUAAACAUUAACAAAGGUUCAGUUGUAUUGCGUGUAUGUUGGCCGUCCUUAAUAGGGAACAAGUCCUAGGAUUGUAUUGCCAAUGACUGUGAUGACGGUUGCCAGUAUGCUAUCGUCGACGCUAAGAGUACUCAAACAAAAGCAAGUCGCUUUCAUUAGCUAGAUAGCUUUUCACGAUUUCUUACAUUAGCUGCUAAUGAUGAUCUAUUUGUUCAACUAAGCUUUUAACGUUAUAUCGGGGCAUGCCUAAAGUUAACAAAUCCGCCUGCAAGUUAUUAAUUCAUACGUAUUAAUAGCUUACGUUAGAUGACCAGGUCCACCUAUUUUUUUUCGAUAUCGCAUUUGUCGAGAAAACUUUCUUAGUGGUCUUGUCGGACCGUGAGUGUGUAGAAUCAAGAUGAUGUCCGAGGCGAUCGUAACGUUCCAGUCUCAACUUUCUGGUGUUAUGGAGACGGUGUUCAAAGCUGCCAUGUACGAAAUCACGAGGCUCGUGGAGGACAGCUUCCUCGAGGAGGUGUCCCGGAGUCGGGAACAAGUUGAGUCAUUAAAGAAACGGUUACAGUGGUCCGAGAACCGGCGAAGAGAGAGGGACCGAAGGGGGAAGUGUGCCGACUGUGGGAGGGCGCCUGUAUCUGGCGAGGAAGAACAGGGGCGAUCAUCAAGCAAACAGACCGGGACGGAGGUAGGGCGCGGUUUGAAGCUGGAGCGGGUGCAGGGUGAAGAGUGGACCAGCUGCGGCGGUGAUGACCGUCACCAGGAGGCACAGCCUGGGACUACCAGUCCAGUCAGAAGCCCAGAGUCUGCAGAUGUUGUGAAUCAGAAGCUGGACAGAUUGUUGAAAGAAGAGGCACUCAACAUCACUCCGGAUGACGCGGAGCUCCAUGACAGAUGGGGCGUCUGUCUGGAUGGCGCAGAAGAGUCCGACCUGUCCAGGCCCAGUAAGAGCUUCAGUGACCAGGACCUCCAUCAGUGUCCGGAAGACUGGGCAACGGGCCUAGACCAGGGACGGGACCCAGGCCCGGAUGAAGACCCGAACACAGACCCUUCAGACUCCAUGUACCGGAGCCGCUUCUCCAUGGAGGACCUGGGAGGGUUUGAGAAGUCUGGUUAUGGAGGCUCACAUCUGUUAGACAUGGGGGGGCUGGACGCCCUACCGGACUCCCCCCCGCGCCAGGGGGGGGGCGUGGGAUAUGGAGCCGUGGGUCACUUCCAGGGGGACCCUCGGGGUUCGGAGGGGGCCGAACAUGGACAUCACGUGAGCCAUCGGAGUAAAAGUGGCGGGGGGGCGAUGGGCUCCCCCUCUGGGUCCCCGGCCGAGCAGAGCAACCAAGACGUGGGCGACUUGAACUGUCUGCUGAUCAACGAGGAGGGCUACCUCCAGGACCCGAGCGCGCUGUACCCAGGCCACGGGGCGCCGGCGGCGGGCAGCAGGGCCGGUCAGCGGGGCCACCCUGGAGCUUCUGGGUUGGACAACUCCGAAGGCCUCUUCGGCCCCCCCGACGCCUUCCCCAACUCCCUUGGCCUGGGAGACCGCCUCCAGUACCAGGGAGGGGGACGAGGGUUGAGGAGGCACACCUGCAACCAGUGCUCCAUGGUCUUCCAGGACUCGGGUUCCCUCAGGGCCCACAAGCUGACGCACAAACCGGGCCAGGGGCCACCUCAAUACUCCUGCAACCAGUGUGGAAAGGUCUUCACCCAGGCCUGCAACCUGAGGGUGCACCAGCGGAUACACACCGCUCAAGGGCUCCACCUCUGCAGCCACUGCGGCAAAGGCUUCUCCACCUUCGCCGACCUGAAGAGGCACAAGUGCGGCCAGACUGUGGAUAAGCCCUACAGCUGCUCCGUGUGCGGGAACAAGUUCAGCCGCUUGUGGAACCUCAAGCUCCACCGGCGCAUCCACACCCAGGAGAAACCCCACCGCUGCACCAUGUGUGACAAGAGCUUCACGCGGGCGGACAUUUUGAAGGUCCACCAGCGCACCCACACGGGAGAGAGACCCUACUGCUGCAGUAUCUGUGGACUGAGUUUCAAACGCCUGGACCACUUGAAGUCUCAUCAGCGCAAGCACAGGCCGGAUAUGCAGAGUUAGAGGGGAGGGGGGGGAAGUGCUCGUGUGACUGAAAAUACUUCAUAAGACAAAAAAAUAGAAGGUUUUUAUUAGGCAGACGUCUUUCGAGAAGCCUAUGAUCAUCUGACAGGAAAUAGUUUCUGAGUUACGUUUUUUUUAAGGUCGGUUAUGUUGAGCUUGUAUUAAAUGCUUUCUGUGUGGAGAUUGAAAAUGUUUGUCAUGAGGUUUGUUGGUGCUGAAUCAUACAGACAUUUUGUGAUACUCCAUAUGGACAAAUGUAUGUGGACACCUUCACAGUUUAGGGGCACCUGCUAGAAAAUACUGUCUUUACAAAAAGGGAGGUUUUAUUUGCUGAAAUAACUGCCCCCAGUCUUCUAGGAUUUUUUUCCCAGUAAACGUUGGGGCAAUGAUGCAGUUUUUGCCUCCGUUCAGCCUCAAGCAAGCAUCAAACCCAGAUCUAUGUUGAACUUCCCGGCCGGCCGGUCUUGCGCUGGCUUCAUAAUAGGCCUAUGAAAGGUUUUGCCUGAAGCAAACGAGUGUUCCCCAUUUCAUAUUUGUUUCAAACCAAUCCGCCUUCAGCCAAAAAAACGUAUGUAUGAAAAAGUUAAUAUUUUGAAGCUGGUCCAAGAAACAAAAAAAUUAUUGCAGACAAUGUUUCGGAUAUUUAGAUUGGAGAUUUCUGGGGGCUGGAUGGAUGGAAACCUAUUUAAUGAUUUUCAGACAAACAGUUGUGCUGAUGGAUCCUUGUAGUGAGCUGGAGAUUCACGCUCGCUUCAGCUUGAUUUGAAGGCGUGUCCUCGUGAAGGCGUGGCUUCAUGCUGUUAGCCAUCAAGCCUACAUAUUAUAUUCAGUUUACAAUGAAGAUUGCUUUGAUCAGUGGUAUUUGGGUUUUAGUCCUGGUCUCCAGAAUUAUGCUUCUCUCUCUACAUGCCUACAGUUUUACCCACAGUAGAAAUGUUGUUUUAACUAAAGUGACAGCUAGUUUUUUUUGUACACACUAUUAUUGUUCUCUGCAAUUUUGAUAUAAUGUUGACAUUUAUUGUAGCCUUUAAUUUUAAUGAGAAAUAAUGUAACUGCAGAGCUAAUAAAAAGGAACAAA